UGACUUGCUUAAAAGGGCCCAAUUUCUAAGGGGCACUAUCAGACUGUUUCAUCCCAAGGCUGGGUUUAAAGCCACACCACCUAGAAAACCCUAACACAUGUCGGCUUCAAUGACCAUUCUCCCAUGCCAGCUUGGAUCAGGGACUCACGAUUAUUGAAUACAGGAAAGGAAGGCAAGAGAGAGGGAAGACCUGUGGCAGAACAGAAUUCAGGAAUGGGAAGGGACUUUGGAGCUUCUCAGGAGCGAUCUUCAGACCAGCAGCAUCUGCAUCGACAUCACCAUCCCCUGGAUGCUUCAGUCACACACGUGAAGAAGGCUUUCCUGGCCAGCCUUAUGGUCCUUGCUACCUUCAUGACUGCAUGCAAUGCACAGUGCUAUGCAAUCACUUUGGACAGUGAUCAAGAAUGCAAGGAUAUUAAUGGAGUCAUACACCCACUGAACUCGAAAUGGACAAAUUCGAACUGUGAGGAGUGUUAUUGCCGUGAACGUGAAAUUAGCUGCUGUAAUUUAGUUCUUGAACCUGUUGGUUUUGAUGCCAAGUGCGAGAAAAUCUUUCACAAGUCGAACUGCAGCUAUACUGUGGAGGAGAAGAACAACCCAGGAAAGCCCUGCUCUGUUAACACUUGGGUAGUAUAAUAUUCUUCUAAUGCUCCAAGCCUGUCAGGGCCCAGGCCCUUCCAGGAUAGGCCUCAUUCACCUAUGGCCUCUAAUAGCCUGUGAUUUCCUAGCCCUACCAAUCAAUAAAAAAAUAUUUUGAGCAAA